AUGACGAAUUUUUCAACAUUCGAACAUCUACCGAAUGAAUUGAUUAUCUGCAUUUUGGCAUAUUUACAGCCAGCCGAAUAUUUUCAGUUGUUUUUUGAAUGCAACCAACGCCUUCGAAAGUUGGUCAAACAAUAUGUAAAUUACAGUCGUCGUGAGCUCGAUAGAGACAUCAUUCGAUUCUCAACACUACACAGUUGGUACAAACAUUUAACAUUUGUUAAUGAUGGAACAACUUUCUUUUUGACUCCACGUAAGGGUGAACAAGAACGAUAUAGUUUUGAUCCACGUGUCUCUGAUUAUGAUGGUGUCCAUUGGCAUUUCCGAGGAGAAUACUUUGUACAAGCUGACAAGCGAAUUGAACAGAUCAGUAAGAAAUAUCCGGUGAAACUCACUCCAUUAUUCCAUCCCAAUGCAAUCCAUUACCACUUGCGCCAUGAUGUGACUUGUGGUUUCAUACAACAAUAUCAUCCGGAGCAGUAUCAAAGUUUGGUGAAGAUUCUUAAUCUUAAAGAUGAUAAUGCUCAGCCUCGUAUAAUUUCGCCGAACACUGACGAAGUUCUGGCUGUACUAAAACUCGUUCAUAGAAAUGAAAUGAAACGUUUAAAACAAAUUAUAUAUCAAGCAGCUGAUUCAAUAUGGAGGGAAAUACGAAGAUUAGAAGAUGUGAACAUAUUGAAUAUUGAAUAA